AUGAAUGCAGCAGGAGGGUUCGUGCCACCCAUGAUUAUUUUCCCUCGCAAAAAUUCAAGUGAGCAGCUUAAGAAAGGAGCUCCUCCGGGCACUUUGUUUGCGUUUCACCCCUCGGGAUGGAUUCAGACUGAGCUCUUCACUAAAUGGUUUGACCAUCUUUUGGAAAGGACAAACCCCACCAAAGACAGUCCAGUACUUCUUAUUUUAGGUAGGCAUCACACUCACACUCGAAAUAUUGACGUAGUCAUAAAAGCCCGAGAAAAUUCAUACAUCGCAUAA